AUGGCGCCGGCAUGGCGGCUGUGGCUCGCCGCGGUGGCGCUGAUGGCGUUCCCAGGGAUGUCUAGCAUCGUCGCGGCCGACGCGGCGUCGAACCCGGAGGUCGUGUGCGGCAGCGUGAUCAAGCUGGAGAGCGACGCACACAAGGGCUUCCGGCUGGUGACGCAGGAUGUGGCCUACGGCGGCGGCAGCGGGCAGAUGUCGGUGACGACGAAUCCCGAGUCGGACGAGGACGGCUACUGGGUCGUCCGCGGCGCUCCGGGCUGCCGGUGGUGGUGUCCAUGA